AUGGUAAGUUUCAAUACCAGUUUGAAAGAAGGAUUCAUUUUGGUGGGCUUUUCAGAUUGGCCUCAACUGGAACUUAUCUUUCUGGCCUUCAUUUCAAUUUUCUACUGCAUAACUCUCUUCAGCAACACCACCAUCAUCAUUGUCUCACAACUAGACCCUCGGCUGCAAACGCCUAUGUACUUCUUUCUCUCCCAACUCUCCUUUCUGGAUCUUUGCUACACCACCAGCACUGUGCCUCCGCUUCUGGUCAAUCUCUCUGGGUUCUCCCAGACCAUGAGCUAUGCUGGGUGUAUGGCUCAGCUCUUCAUAGUGCUGUCCCUGGGAGGUACCGAGUGCGUGCUCCUGGUGGUGAUGGCCUUUGACCGCUACGCAGCUGUAUUUCGACCGCUGCUCUAUGCAACCACCAUGCAUCCCCUUCUCUGCAAGGCACUGGCCCUCACCUCCUGGAUGGGAGGCCUUAUAAACUCUAUGAUUCAGACAGGCAUCAUCAUUUCCAUGCCUCUCUGCGGCAUCCAUCGCCUAAACCACUUCUUCUGUGAGAUGCCUGUACUCCUGAAACUGGCCUGUGAGGACGCGGGAGGGAUGGAAGACAACUUCUUUGUCCCUGCAGUCAUAAUCUUGGUCUGUCCUGUAGCACUAAUCCUAGGCACCUAUGCACACAUUGUUCAGGCUGUGCUAAAGAUGAAGUCAAGUGCUGGGCGCAGGAAGGCUUUCCAGACUUGUGGGUCCCACUUCACGGUCGUUUUUCUUUUCUACGGCUCAGCCAUGUACACGUACUUCCGACCUGUCCACAGCUAUUCAGAGAAUGAAGGGAAGUUUGUUGCCCUUUUUUACACCGUCAUCACCCCCAUGCUAAAUCCUCUGAUUUAUACGCUGAGGAACAAAGAUGUGAAAAGGGCUCUAUGGAAGUUACUAGGGAGAGACACAGAGUGA